CGAUUGUGUGCAUAGGCUCCAUUUGCUAGUGCCACUCGGGCGCAGCUCACUCGCUCGUUCGUUGACACGCAAAAACACUGUUGCCAAUUUAAUCGAUUUUACAACUUGAGGAUUUCUUCAGCCGCUCUCACGGAAAUAAACACCGUAUGCAGGGAUCGGACAGCGCAGGGCUGCAGUGCAGCAUUUGAAACGACCGUAUUCAAAUCACGCAAUCGGGAAGAGAUUUCCGUGGAUUUUAAAUUUUGGAGAAUGUUCAGUUGCUAGCUAGCUGGCUCCAGCUCGAAAGCACAAAUCCACAAGUAUACAUGGGCUAAUCAACAGUUUUGAUUUCCUUGCUAGCUAGCACACUAACGUUUUAUUAGGCACGGUGGUGGUUUAGUUACCCGGGUAUUGGAGAAUAACGUCGAGUGUCUAUUUUUAUAAUCAACGGUGCUGGCUAGCUAGCCCGAAAGCUUUAUUUAUAUAUAUAACGUUAUAUACGUCAACGAAGGUCAGGGUUCGAGCGUGGGUCUAACUUGGCCUGAAGUUGAAGUCCUCGGAUUUUAUUUUAACACUUCCAUAACGUUACCUGUGAGAUUUCCGCUAACGUUAGUUGUCAUUGAAUGAAAACCGAGCUAACUAGGUUAUUAGCUAGCUUGCUGUAGCCUUGACACUGCACUGAUAACUUUCGCUUAGAAUGUGUGCUUCCUCAAAUGUAGCCACUACUAGCCGAGGUUAAUGUGUAUUUUUUUUGUACUUUGCAUUUAUUAAUGCGAACUGUAGCUAACUAGACAACUCAUAGCUAACGUUAAUGCUGGUGGCUAGCCAUCUGAGACAUAUUUGCUAGCUUGUGUUGCCGGCAGAAAUAGUAUUACCCAGUGAGUUCAAACGGUUGAACUCUGGACCCCCUAUUUUCCACCCCUGUGUUGACAUGGGAAACAUACUUGUGCGCUAGCUGUCUGGCUAGCUAAUUUAGCGGCUAAUGAAGGAAUCAACUUGUUGAUCACACAGCGUGUGUGUCUAACACAGCUAGCUAGUAGACGGUGGUUUUACCACUGCUAGCUAAAUGAACACAAGAUCCUGAAACUAUUUUUAUUCGUCUUCCCCUCUACACUUAUUUUCUACAACAUCCCUGAAAAUGUCGGCCAGGACGCCAUUGUUGGCCGUCAUUGAAAAUUCGUCAGGUGGCCAGGACACCAAGGCGGGGGGCCGUCCCAGCAUGCCGCGAUGUCGGAACUCGGUUGCCACGACGGCGGAGGAGACCCCUCACAUCGGUAACUAUCGGUUGCUGAAGACCAUUGGCAAGGGCAACUUCGCUAAAGUCAAACUGGCACGCCACGUCCUCACCGGGAAAGAGGUGGCUGUUAAGAUUAUUGAUAAAACACAACUCAACUCUUCCAGUCUGCAGAAACUCUUCCGAGAAGUGAGAAUCAUGAAGCUGUUGAAUCAUCCUAACAUAGUGAAGUUAUUUGAGGUGAUCGAGACGGAGAAGACAUUGUACCUGGUCAUGGAGUAUGCCAGUGGAGGCGAGGUGUUUGAUUACCUGGUCGCUCACGGGAGGAUGAAAGAAAAGGAGGCGCGUGCCAAAUUCAGACAGAUCGUGUCAGCGGUCCAGUACUGUCACCAGAAGUGUAUUGUCCACAGAGAUCUGAAGGCUGAGAACCUACUCCUGGACUCUGACAUGAACAUCAAGAUAGCAGACUUUGGCUUCAGUAAUGAGUUCGUAAUGGGCAGUAAGCUGGACACGUUCUGUGGUUCUCCUCCCUACGCCGCCCCAGAGCUGUUCCAGGGGAAGAAGUACGACGGGCCAGAGGUGGACGUCUGGAGCCUGGGGGUCAUCCUGUACACGCUGGUGUCAGGGUCGCUGCCCUUCGAUGGACAGAACCUCAAGGAGUUGAGAGAGCGCGUGUUGAGGGGGAAGUAUCGUAUUCCGUUCUACAUGUCUACAGACUGUGAAAACCUACUGAAGAAGUUCCUGAUCCUCAACCCCACCAAGAGAGGCAGCCUGGAGCAGCAGAUAAUGAAGGAUAGGUGGAUGAAUGUGGGUCAUGAUGAGGAGGAGUUGAAACCGUACAUAGAGCCCAUGCCUGACUACAAGGACCCCAAGAGAACAGAGAUCAUGAUUCAGAUGGGUUACUCCAUGGAGGAGGUGCAGGACUCGCUGGUCAACCAGAAAUACAACGAAGUCAUGGCCACGUAUCUACUACUGGACUACACAAACCACGAGCUGGAUGAGGGUAUCAUUAAGCCCCGCACAGGAAAUGAACUCUCGAAAAGUAGCGCCCCGUCCCCGCCCAGCAAGGUACAGCGCAGCGUAUCGUCCAACCAGAAACCUCGCAGAGCCACUGACCAGGGGUCUUCUGCCAGGGGGCGUGGUCAGGGGGACAACAAGGAGGAUUCUGGGAGGAAAGGAUCUGGCAGCUCGGCCAAAGUUUUGACCAGCCCGCUGGUCUCUGACCGCAAAAAGAGUGCCACACCCUCUACCGUGAGCACACACUCCACUCCACUCUACACCACGCCACUCUACACCACUCUAUACCACUUCACACCACACCACUCUACACCACUCUAUACCACACCAC